AUGCCAUUAAAUAUUAUUGGAACAGCUAUACUUGAAGGUACAGAUAAAAUUCCAUACUAUAAAGAAAUCAAAUAUAUUACACCGUAUGUUUUAGCGGUGGCUGGGAUCAAAUGGUGGUUUCGUGGUGUAACCAAUACUUGGGAACGUAAUUUACACGGUAAAGUUUACAUUGUGACAGGGGCAACAUCACAAUGCAUGGGGACUUCAGUCGUCUAUGAAAUGGCCCGUUUGGGUGCACAGUUGAUAAUUUUAACCCGUAAGCUAGAUGAAUGGUCUACAGAAUGGAUAGAAGAUUUAAGGGAAAGAACAGGUAAUGAAUUGCUAUAUAUGGAACAAUGUGAUUUAAGUGAUUUAUAUGAGAUAAGAAAGUUUGCUACUAAAUGGUUGGAUAAUUCUCCACCAAGAAGAUUAGACGGUGUUAUCGUGAUGUCCGGAGAUAUGGAACCAUGGGGAAUUCCAAGAUAUUCUUCACCUGUAAGAAAAUCAUCAAUGGAUGGAUUAGAGUUGCAAAUGGCUGUUAAUAAUGUUGGUAUUUUCCAUCUUUUAAAUCUUUUACAACCAAGUUUUAAAGCACAACCACCAGAUAGAGAUGUACGGAUUAUUGUUACUACAUGUUGGCUACAAGCCUUAGGGGAUAUUAAUGUAGAAGAUCCCUUAUGGCAAAACGUUAAGUAUAAAAGUGCUUUGAAAUUUUUUGCAAGUAGUAAAUUACAAAUGAGUCUUAGCAUGUUAGAAUUACAAAGGAGAUUAUUACAAAGAAAGACAAAAGAGAAAGAUGUGGAAGUAUCAGGCAAAAAUGUCAAGGUGAUACUGGUUCAGCCGGGUACUAUGAGAUCACCCAGUCUCCGUCGUCUUAUAAGUAAUGGCUCUGUCUUAUUACUAAUUGGAUUGUACUGUAUUCUUCUUUAUCCAUUUCUUUGGUUGUUUAUAAAAAGUGGUAAUAGGGGUGCCCAAAGUAUUCUUUAUGCUUUGAAUACACCAGAAUUAGAGGCAAGCAAUUUGAAGGACACAAAAGCCAAAUAUGUAACUGGUUGUAGUUUAGUCAAUUUUGCAAGAAAGGAAUUUUCUGAUGAUGAAUUACAAAAGCAACUAUUUGAUAAUACUGAAAGAGAUAUAUACGCUCUUGAGAAGAUCAUGGCGAUUAAAAGAAAACAAAAGAGUGCAUCCAGAUCCAAUAAAAUAAAUAAGGAGGGAAAGAAAUGA